UCAGCUGAUAGUAAUCAAAAACAGUACGACUUUCCCAAGAUUGUUGUAGAGUAGAAACUGUGAUGUAACUAGCAAUAAAUUAUAGAUUCAAAAUGGAUUUAGUCAAAGUACCUCUGAAUCAAGCUAGGAUCGGAAUUAAUCAAAUAUUUGUAGGUAAAGAACCAUGGCAUAUAGUAACAAUUACCACUAGUUCAGUAUUAUUACUAUCCUGGCUCUACCGAUUUUUAUGUGAUGAUGAUAGUUUAGUGGAAAGAGGAAAAAGAACUUUUUUUGAUCUUUUGCAACUCAUUCCUAGUGUGAGAAAAGAAAUUGAUUCCAAGAAGAAAGAAGUUUUAGAAGCUUUCAGGAAUGAUCAUCGUGAAAGGACAAAGAAAUUAUCCUAUUUACGAGGCCUUCCUAAAAAAGGUCUGAAAACUGAAGAAAUACUAAGUUUACUUGAGGAAAAUUUGAAAUUAGGUGACUACAACUGGAGAGAUGGGCUGGUAUCUGGAUCUGUCUAUUAUUUUGAUCCCAAGUGGCAAAAACUACUGACCAAAGUGUAUGAAAGUACUUUCUUCACUAACCCAUUGCACUGUGACGUAUUUCCUGGAGUAUGCAAAAUGGAAACUGAAGUUAUAAGGAUGGCAGCAGACUUGUUUCAUGGUGAUACCGAAACUUGUGGUACUGUUACAACAGGGGGAACUGAAUCGAUUUUAAUGGCCUGUAAAACAUGGAGGGAUUUUAUGAGAAAAACAAAAGGAAUAAAAAAGCCAGAAAUGGUGGUACCCCGUACAAUCCAUUCUGCUUUUGACAAAGCAGCGCAAUAUUUUUGUAUAAAGAUCAAAUAUGUACCUGUAGACCCAAUAACAUGCAAGGUGGAUCUCAAAUUGAUGGAGAAGGCUAUUACUAAGAAUACAGUUAUGCUUGGAGGCUCAGCUCCAAAUUUCCCUUAUGGUACCAUGGAUGAUAUAGAAGGAAUAUCAAAAUUGGGUUUAAAGUACAAUAUACCUGUUCAUGUUGAUUCCUGCCUUGGUGGAUUUCUAACAGUGUUUAUGGAAGAAGCCGGAUAUAGCAUCCCUCCGUAUGAUUUCAAACUGCCUGGAGUAUCUAGUAUAUCAGCAGAUACACAUAAAUACGCUUUCACUCCAAAAGGUUCUUCUGUAGUUUUAUACAGAAACAAAGAAUUUAGACAUUACCAAUAUACCGUAACCACUGACUGGCCAGGUGGUGUGUACGGUUCUCCUGCUGUAAACGGUUCUCGAGCUGGAGCUAACAUUACAACUUGCUGGGCAACCCUCUUAUAUUUUGGGACAGAUGGAUAUAUACAGGCAACAAGGGAUAUUUUGAGUACUACCAAAUUUAUCGAAGAAAGGCUAAGACAAGUGGAAGGACUUUUUAUUUUUGGACAGCCUGUUACUAGUGUAGUUGCCUUUGGUUCGAAAAUAUUCGAAAUUUAUAGACUGGCGACGGACAUGAAAAAACUUGGUUGGAAUUUGAAUACUCUCCAAUUUCCUUCAGGUGUGCAUCUUGCAGUAACCCAUUUACAUACACAACCUGGAGUUGCCGAGAAGUUCAUUAGCGAUGUUGAAAACAUUGUCCGGGAGCUGAUGAAGAAACCAGAGAAACCGGUAGAAGGGGGGUUGGCGCUCUAUGGAGCUGCGCAGAUCGUACCCGAUAGAUCCCUUGUGGGCGAAUUCAUCAAUUAUUACAUAGAUGCAAUGUAUUACCAUCCAUGUGAAGAUGAGGAAGAGAAAUGCAAUAAUUCUACAACGUAAUUCUUUUUGUGUUCUUCGACAUUCCAUUUAUGUUAUACAAUUUUUUUUAAACUCGGACAUAGUUUUUCACUUUAUUAAGCAUUUAUUACGAUUUCAUAUUGAUAAGCAGCAAUUUCAAGGAGAUUUUCAUGUGGUUGUGUGUGAAAUAAUAUAAUUUAAGAACAAUAAUUAUAAAUAUAUGGAGCAAUACGUACUUAUUCAGGGUAUAAACGUGAUUUAAAUUAUAUAUGAUGUUGAAAUUGAUUAUUUUGGAAUAAAAUAUGUUAUGCAAUA